AUGUUGAACUGGCUAAGAAAUAUAAGUGCUUCUAAUGUAUUCAAUUGGAAGCGUCAAGGUGUUCAGGAUGUUUCACCAGAUAUUGAAAUGACGGAUUAUAGAAGAAUUCCAAAUACAUAUAGUGAGAACCCUUCAGGCCUAGUUAAUGAUGAGAGCAUUAAUGUUCAACCCAUUGCCGAUUUGGAUUUCUUCUUUGAAAGAAUUUACAGCUAUUACUGUGAGAAAGGGCUUUGGUGUAUCAUCCUAAGGUGGAUUGCUGAACUUCUGAGUUUAGGGUUCAUCAUAUGCUUUUCAGGAUUUAUCUUUCUAUAUGUUGACUGGAAUGGACUCCGUAAUGCCAAGUGUGGGAUGGCUGCAGUUGAAUCUGGAAGAGAACCUUGUGAUCUUGCUAAAGAAGCAAUUCAUCAACACCCUUUAAUCCCAUUAACAGUACACAGAGCUAUUAUUGUUGGAUACCUGGGAGUAUUUUUUGUCUAUUGGAUAUUUUGCUUAUUGAAAUUCUUCCUUCAAUUGAAGGAUACACUGAAAAUCCAUCUGUUUUACUACAACAGUCUCUGUGUAACAGAUCAUGAAAUUCAAACCAUGUCCUGGCCUACCAUUCUUGAAAAGAUUGUUCAUUUGCAAAAGUCACAACAACUCUGUGUGGUAAAGAAUCUUUCUGCUCAUGACAUUGUGAUGAGGUUGAUGCGAAAGGAGAACUAUUUGAUUGCGAUGAUCAACAAGGGUGUGCUUACUUUCCCCAUUUCUAAAUGGGUUCCAGGUGCUGGAUCAACAGUCAAAUAUGGUACUGAUGGAACUCAAUAUCGUCUAAUACUACCCAGAACGCUUGAGUUGGCUUUAGAUUGGUGCAUCCUGCAAAGCAUGUUUGACAGAAACUUUUGUGUCAGAAUGAGUUUUGUGUCAGAUUCAAAGACACUAAAAAGAAGACUUAUGGUAGUUGGUAUUGCAAUGUUGGUACUUUCUCCAUUUCUUAUCAUGUUCAUGCUGUCACAUCUCUUUCUGAGGUAUGCUGAGCAAAUUUAUAAUCAACCAAGCACAAUAUCAUCCCGAAGAUGGUCAAAUUUGUCACGAUGGGUCUUUAGGGAAUUCAAUGAGGUUGAUCAUCUGUUCAAGCAUCGGACUAAUAGUGGUGUAUCUCAUGCUUCUAUCUAUAUGAAGCAAUUCCCUUCACCAAUGAUAUCUAUCAUUGAAAAAUUCAUCUCAUUUGUAUCGGGUGGCUUUGUUGCGAUUCUGAUCAUCCUUGCUUUUUUAGAAGAGUCUCUGCUGGAGGGUCAUAUAUUGGGUCGGAACUUGUUAUGGUAUGCUGCUAUUUUUGGAGCUAUAACUGCUCUUAAACGGGUUGCAUUUACAGAGAACGAGGUUUUAGUCACUGAUCCCGAAGGAGCAAUGUCAAUGGUAGUUGACCAUACACAUUAUAUGCCCAAAAGAUGGCGGGGUAAAGAAAGUACUGAAAUGGUCCGUCAUGAGUUUAAAACCUUGUUCCAGUAUAGUGGGAUGAUGUUACUUGAGGAGAUGGCUUCAAUUUUCGUUACUCCAUUCUUGCUUUUGUUUGUGGUCCCAGAGCGGGCUGAUGAUAUCCUGCAGUUUAUUGAAAACUUUACUGUAUACGUUGAAGGUGUUGGUGAUGUUUGCAGCUUCAGUGUCUUCAAUUUUCAAGAGUAUGGAAAUAAGAGUUAUGGCUCUCCAUCUAAUGUGCCUCGUAGCCAGAGAAGUUCCCAGGGAAAGUUGGAGAAAUCAUUUUUGAGCUUCCAUAAUAGUUACCCUUUUUGGGAACCAAAUAAUGAAGGAAAACAGUUUCUGCAAAAUCUGAGAAGAUUCAGAGACAAAAAAUUAGCAGAGCAUGUAAAGAGACAUGGAUUUGUCCCCAUCAGACCAUGGAGAGAUGACAACAACAUGGGAAGGAAUGGAGACAAAAACAGUUUUACAUCCAAGGAAAUGUCACAUGGUACUUUUGUGACCGGCAAUCACUUGGGUUCAUUGUUGGUAACUGAAUCCAGCAAUCGAAACAAUCAUCCCUAUCUUCUAGAUUGGUACUACAUUUCCCAACCUCGUUAUGCAACUCCUGGACACGUUUCAACAAAUCGUUUCGAAGCAACUAAGCAUCAUUCCCAUUCAAUCUUGGAAGAAAAUGAACAUGAGUAUUACCAACACAUGAACGAGUUUUGCAAUGAACGUGGUGCUUCCUAUCUAGGUGCUUCCACAUCAUCUUUCAUCUUCCGGGAAAGCCUAAUUGAGGAUUCACAUUCCAUUGAUGUGUCUCGCACUACCAAGAGUCGUUGGUGGGAUAGAAGUCAACCUCGGAAUGAAGAUAGUCACAAAAGCUUUCUGGAACCACCAGAUUUCAAUGACCAAAGAACACAUAAUUACCACGAUAGAUUCUCCGACAGAGGGUCAGAAGAUCAAGGUCAGGAACACUUGUGUCAGGGUCAACAUGAUCACACAAGUUUUUCGGAGCCACAAGAUUUCUAUCACCAAACAACUUACAAUUUUCACGAUAAAUUUUCUGAUGAGGGGCAAUACUUGUACGGGGGAGAUUAUCACGAGCUACCUAGUAUGGCAGAAGCAGAUAAUUUAGAUGCAGGAAAAUUGAAUCUUCGUUUUGGUGAGUCCACCCCAAAAAGUCCCACUGUUCUAAUGGCAAAGAAGUUGGAUAUGAUUAAAGAUAUUGAUGGCAGGAGGGAGACCCUAAAACUUGGUGUGAGAGUGCUUGAUUUGUGGUAUAUUCAUAACCGUGAAUCCAAUGUGCACCUUGAAAUGAUUUUGAUUGACCAAAUGGGGGACAAGAUACAUUGCAUAGUUAAGAAGGACGAAUUUGAUAUCUGGGAUGGUAAGUUGAAGGAAGGCGAUACAUAUCUCAUGCACAAUUUCAAAAUUGUGAAAAAUGAUGGUCAAUAUAGAGUGUGUGACCAUCCUUUUAAAUUGUUGUUUAUCGGAGCCACCUCUGUCCGUCCCCAAGCUAUUGCAAAUGUACCCAAUAGUUUUUACCAAUUUCGAAGCAUAAAAGUGGUAGUGGCUGUUAAUUUCUCUCCGGAUUUGUUGAUUGAUUUGAUUGGUUGGGUAGAUAACGUCAAAACUAAGGCACAAUCUAAAAAUGUUAUUUUUAGUUUGAUGGAUAUGAGUGGUGGUGUGGUUUCUUGUACGUUAUGGGAUGAAUAUUGCAAGAAAGUUUUAGAAAGGUAUAAUGACAAUCCAAAUACCGACAAGUUGGUUAUGAUUCUUACUCAAGCCAAGGGGAAUGGCCAGUCUGUGUCCAAUACAUGGAAUGGGACCAAAUUACUUAUGGAUGAUGAUAUUCCCGAAAUUAUAAUCUCUGCUGAUGAAUUAACAAUUAUGAGUCAAUCUGGUACUCAGUCCUCCCAAUACAGUGAUGCUGAAAGGUAUAAACUUCAGUUGCAAGUUUGUGAUGAUGCGUUUAAUUGUGCUAACUUUGUGGUGUGGGAUCAAGAAUGUAGAAACAUUAUUGGUAUUUCCGCUGAAGAAUUGCAAAAGAAAAUGAUCAAGGUGGGUGAAGAUGAUCCCAAGUGCUUUCCUGAUGACUUGGAUGUAAUGUUAGGUUGUACUCUCGCUUUCAAAGUUCGAACCCAACCAAGGAAUAGAUGUGUCUUUGUCAUUAAAGUGUCUGACUUACUUGAAAUAAUCAAUUACAUUAAGAAGCUUAUACAACCCGUACAAAUUGCUGACUUUCGUUCAAAAGGGGUUUGUAAUUUAGCAGCAGACACUGAUCAUGACUUGAUGAGUUUGAGUGGAACAACUGACAAUGAUCCUGAUAUUUCUUCUUUGGGUACUCCAUCAAAGAGAAUCCUUCCAAAUAGUGGUGUAUCUGUAUAA